CGGCACAAUGAUGAUCCUCGCCGUUCCUGAAUGAAACGGGGCCCGACCAGUCCCGUCCAGUCUCGGGUAAACAAACAAUCGCAUCGGCAGUAGUGCCAGCAGCAUCGGCAGCAUCGGCAGCAUCGGCAGCAGCAGCAGCAGCAGCAGCAUAUUAGCCGCCAGGCAGUUCGGCGUAUCCGCGUGAGUGGCGGUUUGGUGUGUGUGGUGGCCACGGGAUAAUCGGUCAGUGGAAGACAACUGGUUAACAAUAUUUACAAUUUAAGUUUUUAAUAUUAAAACAGAUAUAUUGGCUCUCCGAUGGUUUAUGCCAACGGCGUGUGAGAUAGCCGCUCCGGAUGCUGGAUUUGGUGAUGCCAACAGCGUGCUCGUCGUAGCAGGCGGUUUGAAUUUGAAUGUUUGUGUGUUGGUAAGGCCGUGUCACAGGCAGGCUGGAAGUAAAGGGCAGCAGUAAGCCAUGAAGCAGUUGUGCGCGGUGAUUUGUGUUGGUAAAAUGCACUUCCAAUUUAAGUGCUGCUUCUAAUGGUUCCAUAGUUCCAGCUGCUCCCUCCACAAGUGCAUUUCUGUGUGAGUUUGUGCGUGUGUGAAUAAGCGUGUUUGUAUCGCUGUGUACUGGUUCAAGGCCAACAACCUCCCGGUCAAGGGGGGUCUGGGGAGAGUCCCGAGGUAAAAGUGGUGAUAAAAGCGCCAAACCGCGAACCACUUUGCGUGUGCGUCGUGUCGCUGUAGGAGGAAACCCGGUGGUGGCAACAAAUUUAUCUUGCAAGAAAAGUGGAAAAUAGAAAGAGAGUGGAUAAUUAAAUACAACAUAAUGAACUUCUUGAAGCGGUUCCAUCCGUGCUGGCCGGCGGUGCACUCCGUCUGCUAAAGUUUCCCUGGUGCCGUCCCUGGACGGACGGGCCGUGGCCUAAACCUGCGUUUCACAAACACACUAACUCGAAAGACAUCCGAGUGUGUGUGUGGUUGUUGGGAGUGUUUCCUGGCAGUAUUCCCCCCCACCCCACCUCCCCUCCCUUUAUUUUGUGCAUCCCAUCGGCGAGGUACGGUGUUGUGUUUCGCGCCCAAGAGUGGGCCAUUAGUGUGUGUGUGCUAAAGUUGGGGAAAAUUUAUGUACCACAAACACCAUCCGGCCAUCCCAUCCCUAGGCACGGUUAAAGCACUCUUCUGAAAGCCAGAGUGCAUCAACAACAACAACAACAGCAGCAGCGGUGUCAGUGUGUCGUGUCAGUGUCUGUGUGUGUGUGUAGUUUGUGAAGGAUCCUGAAGGAGUUUGCUCUAUCUUGUUAGUGAAAUUGUUUCAAAUUCCGUGUUGAAAGUUGCACCCUUCAACUACAGAAGCGAAAAGCGAGCAGGGUGAGUGCAUUUCAUACGAAUUUCCACCCACCACUUGUGCUUUGUGUGCGUGUGUGUGUGGGCUUUAGUGUGUAUGUGAGAGUGAAAUUCUCAGAAGAAAGCAAAGUUCGCCAUUCGAGGCUUGAAACUUGUUGAUUAAUUUCACCGGUCGCAAAGCGCUUGGCGCUUUUAAAACAGGAAAUGAAUCUACAGCCAUUCGCCUGGCGGGUGCACACUCUUGUUUGGUGUCGAUCUGUGCUCAGUGCAUGCUACGAUUAAGUGAGUGUGUCGAGCCAAGCAGUAGGGCAGCAAACUGGUGCGAUCUAAGCCCAUAACACUCGUAACACUUCGUAACGGUGGCAGCCACAGAGUGAAUGCACGGGAGAAGCAAAUUAACACACAUCGUUCCCUCAUCCUGGACCUGGAGUGCAGUUGCAAGACGCAGCCAGCACACCUGUAUUGAAGUCACGAAAAGUACAACGACAACAAAUUGACACGGUUUGCUGAAUUCGUUCCUCUCACCCAGAGCGGUUUGUUUGGAUCAAUUGAGACCCGCAUUUCGAUUGACGACAGCAACUGAACCACCCCAUAAAGCCUUGACCCAAAGAAAGGUUUCCACAUACGCACCCCGACGCUUUGGUAGAUGUAGAUCGAGCCUUGGAAUUUCCCUCGUCUCGUGCUGCUGAGGCAGGUCGGAAGUGAACGAUACGGGCGUUGCUUGACAAAAGAGUAGCAGGUUUUCUCGCCAAGCCAUCCCAUCGCCAGUAGCAACGCGUCGAUCAUAGAGGGCAUACGGUGUUGCGCCACAGCUAGAAAAUAGUCUGCACUAGUGUCGUGUUGAGCGAGAUCCAUCCAUUGAGAGCCGUCACCCUGAAACGAGGCACCGGUGCAUGGGACGAUAAGAACCGUUCGCUUGCACACCGACCCGAAACCCGAUGAAAUGAGCCGCUAUGUGGACCUACAUGAUGGCAGCGGCCCGAGGUGACCGGGCAAUGUCAUCGAUAUCGUCACGUCAUCAGAGCAAUCGGAAUGAGUUUGACUCGCCAAGCAUUUACCACUUCAAUCGAGUGCAACGACCACUGUACAACACGACGCACCGGGCACCACAGCUCUCCAAUGGACCGGUCAGCAUUAGUACGACUCCGUUCGGGAGCAACACGAUCUACCAGAGCUACAUGCCGCAGACCGCUUCGCUCGACAGCUUCAACAGUGGGGCCACGAAUCCCAGCUUCUCGACCACGGGUGGCACACCGCCGCCGCCGCCGAUCGGUGGAUCCGGCCGUGUUGCGCCGGCCACCGGAAGCGGCACCACACCAACGGCCGGGCGGCGACAGCAGGCCGCAGCAGCGUUACCCUUCACGACCCGCAACCGGCCUGAGGUAGCUACGGAGCUGCCGGUCACGCCGAAGAACAACCAUCUAAGCCAAGCUGUGAUAGAGAGCGAGCGGGGCGAUGUUCAGGACCAACCAUCGGCCGGCCGGCGGGGCAAGCUGUCGUCCUUGCGCCGUUCGCUGAACGCGCUCCGCUGUAGGAUAUCGAAACGAGGCCGCUCCAAGCCACCCGACCAAUUUCUGGACAAAUUCUCGGCCGCCUCCGCCACCUCCGACACUCGCCUGCAUCAGGCCGGCUGCGUUGCGCCGCAGGCCGUCCCGUCCGACGGUGUUUGCAGCCGGCUGUCGGUUGAUCCGUCCCUUCCGUCACACUAUCGGUGGCUGUCUGUCGUUUCGCUGGCUGUACUGUACAAUAUCAUAUUUGUGAUAGGACGAGCGGUCUUCUGGGAGCUAAACAAGCAAGCCUCCGUGCUUUGGUGGAUCCUGGACUAUCUGUGUGAUUUCAUCUACUUGACCGACACGCUGGUGCAUUGUCAUGAGGGAUACUUGGAGCAGGGGCUGCUGGUGCGUGAUGCGCCCAAGCUGCGGAAACACUACUUCUCCAAGCAGCGCUGGUGGCUCGACGUCGUCUCGAUGCUGCCGACCGACCUCGCCUACAUCUGGUGGGCGCCGAGUUCCUGCGCCGCCACCCGGCUGCCGUGUCCAAUUAUAGUUAGAAUUAAUAGGUUACUGCGUCUUCCAAGAAUGUGGGAAUGGUUCGAUCGAACGGAAACGGCCACCGGCUACCCGAACGCCUUUAGGAUAUGUAAAGUUGUUUUAGCUAUUUUAGUACUCAUCCACUGGAACGCGUGUCUGUACUUUGCCAUCAGCUACGCGCUCGGCUUCAGCACCGACAACUGGGUGUACAACAUCAACGGCCCAAAGAACCUGACACUGUCCCGGCAGUACAUUUACAGCUUCUACUGGUCCACGCUCACGCUGACCACGAUCGGCGAGACGCCGACGCCGGAAAACGAUGCCGAGUAUCUGUUUGUCGUGGCGGACUUUCUCGCAGGCGUGCUCAUUUUCGCCACCAUUGUCGGAAACAUCGGUUCGAUGAUAUCCAACAUGAACGUAACGCGAGUCGAGUUCCAAAACCGAAUGGACGGUGUGAAGCAAUACAUGGCCUUUCGGAAGGUGGGCGGCGAGCUGGAGGCACGGGUCAUACGCUGGUUUGCCUACACCUGGGCGCAGAGCGGUGCGCUGGACGAGGAGCGCGUGCUGGCCGCACUGCCGGACAAGCUGAAGGCCGAGAUUGCGAUACGGGUACACAUGGAUACGCUGCGGCAGGUCCGCAUCUUUCAGGACUGUGAGCCGGGCCUGCUGGAGGCGCUUGUGCUGAAGCUGAAGCUACAGGUGUUUAGCCCCGGUGACUACAUCUGCCGCAAGGGGGACGUCGGCAAGGAGAUGUACAUCGUGAAGCGCGGCAGCCUGUCGGUCGUUGCGGACGAUGGAAUUACGGUGCUGGCCACGCUGGGGGCUGGGUCCGUGUUCGGUGAGGUGUCGGUGCUGGAAAUUGCAGGCAAUCGCACCGGAAACCGCCGGACGGCUAAUGUGCGUUCCAUUGGUUAUUCCGAUCUGUUCUGUUUGGCGAAGCGUGACCUGUGGGAAACGCUGGCCGACUAUCCCGAGGCACGAGCGUCGCUGACCGAGCGUGGGUGUCAAUUAUUGCGAAAAGAUGGUCUGCUGGACGAGGCAGUGUUUGCCAACGCCCAGCAGACGCAGGAUUCGCUCGAGAGUGGGGUGGCCCGGUUGGAGCAGACGGUGGAAAACUUGAACCUUCGGUUGGCCCGCCUGCUGGCCGAAUAUUCCGCCAGCCAGGCGAAGCUGAAGCAGCGCAUCUCCAAGCUAGAGGACAGAAGAUGCAGUUAUUGGAGCAAUGAAUCUCUUCCUUCAUUUAAAACUAAGCUAACCAGUGCGGACAAACGGAAAAAAACAACAACAAAACAACAAAAGGCCAACAAAACUAGCAACCAGUAACUAGCAAGUAAUUGUUUCAUUCACAACCAUUGAAGAUCUUGUGAACAACAUCGUGUUAAUCAUAAGUUGAUAAUAAUAAAACUAGCAACUAACUACAUGCAUGAUUCGAAUACAAAACGAAGGUAAAACGAUGUAGAGAAAACAAAACAAAAAGGAAACAAAACAUUUAACGUGCCUCGAAAUGACUAUUUAGUUUUUUACUUAAUGAUUGUGAUAAGCGAGGGAAAACAACAAUCUCAACCACACACAGUGAACCACAUCUGGUAAUAGUAUAACGUGGUGGCACUGGUGGGCUAUUGGUUGAGGGUUGAGCAUUUGUGGUGGUAGCAGCGCUUGUAGUAAAAGUGAUGAAAGUGCGUUUAAAGUAAAACUGCAUGUGUGACACGACAGUUUUGAGUAAACUAACCGAAAACGAACGAAAACCCAAUACCAUUUUGUGUGGCAAUUAAUUAAAGAAAACGAAAAAAAUUAAAACAAAACUUAAACAAAUACUAAGGUAGCAGUGCAAAAGGUACUAAACGUUCAAAAAUUAAACAGAGAAACUUAACUACUAGUGUUAAAUUGAUGAAACAAAAAACAAAGUAAUGUUGACUAUUAAACGUUUUAAUAGGAAAAGAGAACGGUAGAGCCUUGAGGAGCUUAUCUUGUAUUUGAUUGUAAAUUGUAGAUGUUUUUAUUUUGAAUCAAUUAUUUUUUAUUGAUAAAUACUUAAUGUGCUAGUUGUUAGCUACCUUUUCAAAGUAGAAUCUCACGUUAAUGCACACAAUUGGCAUAUCCUGUGUGUUUUUUUUUUGUUUUUUUUUUUUUGGAAACGAAACGCUCUUCAAUUCAACGAUAGAAAACAAUCAAUAUAUCGAUUACAACUCCAAUUAACGCUCUCUUAGCACAGUCUCGUUCUCUUUCUCUCCUCUCUUUCUCUCCUCUCUUUCCUUCCCUUUCUUCUCUCUCCUCCUGUUUCACUUCACUUCAUCACCCACAACUCUAGCUCUCUAUAACCCACCCACUCACCCCUUCUAGUUCUACUAUUGUUAGCAAAUAUAUAUUACAAUCCAUUGAAAUGUUUCGGAAAAGGGCUUAAAAGCUUUUCCACCACUAUAUACACACGCCCCCAACCACACAACACACAAGACACAAACACACACUGUAAGAAGAAAACAUCAAGCAAAUGCAAACUUAAAGCGCGUUUAAAAGACGCUCCCACGGAAGCGGCCGGCAAUGGUCGCGGUGGGAAUAGUUAGCUGUUAACCUUAGGCAACAACAAUCACCACAUCGGUUUACCACUUUUGCGUUUUUUUUUUUUUUUUUUGGGAUUUUGCCACAUUUUAUGCAAAGCAAGUGUUUAAAGCCACGCUACGCAACCAUAACAAAACAACGGUAGCGGUAAGCUUGUUUGUCGUGUUUCACGCAUACGAACCUCAAACUCUGCCCACCCCACGCACACAGCCGAUCAGCUUGCUCUUAUUUCUCCCAUAACCGUUUAUGACAGGCUACAUCAAUCUUGAAGAAAGGAGAAAUCAUCCCAACAACGCCUUUGACAGUGACGUUCUGCUGAAGCCAACCCGCCACCCCCUGGAUAACAAAACAUGUGAGAAAUCAUUCACCAAAAGCACAGCAAAACAAAAAGCUGGGUUCGGGGCAUAUACACAUACCUGAAAGGCAACGAGAGCCCAAUAUAAGCAACCACGCCAUUGCAUAACCGAUCACCAGCAUAACCCGGCCCUGCUUUGCUCAACGAUUUCCAUAGCAGCGGAAAUGUAUUCUCCUUCCCAUGCAAGCGUGGCGCCACGUGGCAGCGUGAGAUGAUGCAGCACGAAAUGCGGGCGAAAACAUCUUUUUGAACUAUAACUCAACAAUGUAUCAAUGCCCCCAUGAAUGUCGAAGUAGGCGGCUAAAAACGCCCCAGCACCUUCGCGCGGGCACAGCAGAGUCCUGCUGCCAGCAUCCUGAGGUGAGGUGAGAUGAGUUGCCAUAUUUGCGCAACCUUUCGUAGCAGCAGAUCGAUUUCAUUGAACUUUCGAGCAUUCGAGUAACUUGGCGUAGGGCUGGGCUUUGGGACAGGCGGCUCAUUUUAAUAUGCAAAUUUUAAUAAUACACAUGCCUUAUCAUUCGGGUUUGCUUUUUUGCUUUGCUUUUGCCUCUUUUACUCAAACAUGAUAAAAAGCUCGCCUUUCCAUCUUUCUGCCGAGUUUCACCACUCAAAUGGACGUGUAAUGGCUAACCAGAAGCGGACGGAAACAAGUCAUAUUUUCGAGGACACAAUACAAUAGCAGCGGUGAGCGGAUAAUCGUUGUGGUGAUUGUUGUUGCAGUUUUUUAGUUUGUAAGAACGAACACAAUCCAUCGGUUAAAACCGUACGGCCCGUGCCACGGGAUGAUAGAUUAGUUUCGCUGCGAUUAGGGACGGAUAUAGCUUUACGACGAUGACGCCGUGGUGGAACUGGAGAGGGAACUGGAUCUUUGCGUUUUGGGGGGUCUGUCCUUUGUUCCGUCGUUGCACAUUCGGCUUCAGUUUGAAUAGUAAUUCAUCAUCCCGAAUGUUGGGAAGAGGUUAAGCAUGAUUUUCGUGCUUCUGUGGGUCCGUCGGGUAUGUUUUUGCGCACGAAAUCACAUAUCUGUUAGCAGUGGUAGCAGCUUCAGCUGGCAACGAUCACAUGUGUGUAACUCCUUUUUGGCAAUAAUGUGCAACGUGUUUUUUUUUGUCUCCUGUUUGUUGGUUUGUUUUAAACACAAAUUCACAUUCACUUUUGCUCUUUUGUUUGUCCCAAAACUAAUCGAAAGCACACCAUUAAUGUUAAUCAGUAGAACUGCAUGGAAGAGUUAAGAGGUGCGACAAAUGUGUCCCUUUAACACGAACGAGCGUUCGGAGCGUAGAAUAUCAUUCACCCAAAACACACAGUUGAAUUUAACUCUACCAAACAAUGCUAGCGUCUAACAAAGUAUAUAUAAAAAACCCUAUCACUAAGGAUCUAAACAUCACUUUUUCCCUAACCCUUAAGCCAAAUCGAUAAUAAUUGCGCGAUACGAUUACUCGGUCCGUUGUCGGCAACAUUGUCCGUUGCAACGUUGGACAAGUUUACACGGAACAGUAUAGUACUAACACACUAUUUGUCUAUUGGGCAGACAGUUUUGGGUCGUAUUGUUUGUGCUUGGGUUUACCUUUAAAUGUCUGAUUUUGUCACUAAACAGUUGAUGAGUAGUUAUUUAGCAUUGGAAUCGAAUAACAAUACAAUGGGCAUUAGUUUACGCAUGCAUACUGUUUUCAUCAUACCAAUUGUACUCCAAUUAACAUUAUCUUACUUUUUUCUGAAAGAGAAACCGCAACGUCUUAAUAGAAAUUAAUAAGUAAGCAAAUAAGCAACCAAGAGUCCUAGUUCUUAAUGGUCGAACAUUUAAACAAACAAACAAAAACAAGACAAAACAAAAACCUACUAGUGUUAACAUUGGAUCAAGCCGAAAUAUGUAUUGCGGCCAUUGGAAAUUGACACAGCAGCAAAUCAAUUCUUAAUAAGUAGGCAAAAACAGGCCCGAUGGGGGGGGGGGGAGUGGUUGACAGACAAUUACUGUAAGAGACAUUAGCGAAAGCGAAUUUACAAAAAUUGAAAAAAUUAAAAUAAAAACAACACAUGGCACGCACAAUAAAAAGUGCAGCAUAAACUAAUUGCGCGGAGGUUCUAGCAAGGGUUAUGAUAAAGAAAAAAAAAACAAUGAAGGAAGAAGCUACGUGGAAGAUAAUUAAGAGGAAAACAACAGCAAACAAAUAAAUAAAGGUUUGGCGUGGCCGAAGUGCGGAACUAACAUAGGGUAUAUUUUUUAGUGACUAACGUAAAAGGAAAAAUUAGGCGGGAGAAAAAAAGAAAUUGUGUUUAUCGCCACGGGCAUAAUAGUUUGCAACAACAGCAACAAAAUUAA